AAAAUCGUACAUUUUCUUCUCCGUGGAAUCCCCACUACUCCGCAGAUCAAUUCCCCUCUCUGGUUCUCCGUUUCAAUUCUCAAAUCCUCUUUGCGCAUCAGAGACGACGAGCGGAGCGAGGAGCGGCGGCGGCGGCCUUUGAGGAAGUGUAGAGAAGACACACUAUUCUUCGCUGUAUGUCAGAGGAGAAGUAUUGCUGUUCCCACGGAGAUCAGUAUUACGGCGGUUACAGUGAGCUCGCGAACCCGUUACAAUGGCCUCAACUCCGAAAAAGGCGGCGCAGCCAUCCGGUAGUGACUCCCUCGGCGUCCUCGCGGCCGCCGCGGACAGCGAGGUUCUGCAGGAAUGGACCGCCUCCUCUGUCGACCACCGCCAGAUCAGCCACCGUAAAUCCGCCGCAGCGGCGGCGGCUUCUUCUCCUCUGGCGGCCGUGAUCGACUCUGUUGAAGAGCCUCCUCCAUCGAAUCUACAAUCAUCUAAAGGACUAAUAAGCACAAUGAGGGCUCAAAGCCGGCAUCCGUUGGAUCCCUUGGCUGCUGCUGAGAUCUCAGUAGCAGUGGCAACUGUCCGGGCAGCCGGUGCAACUCCUGAGGUAAGAGAUAGCAUGCGGUUUGUUGAAGUUGCUUUGGUUGAACCACAUAAGAAUGUGGUAGCACUAGCGGAUGCCUACUUUUUCCCUCCGUUUCAACCGUCAUUGCUACCCAGGACUAAAAAGGGGCCUGUAAUUCCCAGUAAACUUCCUCCUAGGCAGGCAAGACUUGUAGUUUACAAUAAGAAGUCGAAUGAGACUAGCGUCUGGAUUGUCGAACUCUCGGAGGUACAUGCUGUAACUAGGGGUGGCCACCACCGGGGGAAAGUCAUUUCGUCAAAGGUUGUGCCUGAUGUACAGCCUUCAAUGGAUGCUGUUGAAUAUGCUGAAUGUGAAGCCGUUGUGAAGGAUUUUCUUCCUUUUCGGGAGGCAAUGAAAAAGAGAGGCAUCGCGGACAUGGAUCUUGUGAUGGUCGAUGCCUGGUGUGUUGGUUAUCAUAGUGAGGCUGAUGCACCUACACGCAGACUUGCAAAACCGCUUAUUUUCUGUAGAACCGAGAGCGAUUGCCCAAUGGAAAAUGGCUACGCUCGUCCUGUAGAAGGAAUUUACAUACUGGUUGAUAUGCAAAAUGUGGUUGUUGUAGAGUUUGAAGAUCGGAAAUUGGUCCCCUUACCCCCUGCCGAUCCGUUGAGAAAUUACACUCCUGGUGAAACUAGAGGCGGGGUUGACCGAAGUGAUGUGAAACCACUUCAUAUCAUUCAACCUGAAGGUCCUAGCUUUCGCGUCGAUGGACACUUUGUCCAGUGGCAGAAGUGGAACUUCCGCAUCGGCUUCACCCCCAAAGAAGGCUUAGUUAUCUACUCAGUUGCGUAUGUUGAUGGUAGUAGAGGCCGUAGGCCGGUGGCUCACAGGUUAAGCUUUGUUGAGAUGGUUGUUCCUUAUGGGGAUCCAAAUGAUCCACACUACAGGAAAAAUGCAUUUGAUGCAGGGGAGGAUGGCCUUGGUAAAAAUGCACACUCGCUGAAGAAGGGAUGUGAUUGUUUAGGCUACAUCAAGUACUUUGAUGCACACUUCACAAAUUUCACAGGAGGCGUCGAAACAAUUGAGAAUUGUGUCUGCAUGCACGAGGAGGAUCAUGGAAUCUUAUGGAAGCAUCAAGACUGGCGAACUGGCUUAGCCGAAGUAAGGCGCUCGCGACGGCUCACAGUGUCUUUCGUAUGCACCGUGGCUAACUAUGAAUAUGGCUUCUUCUGGCAUUUUUAUCAGGAUGGGAAAAUUGAAGCUGAGGUUAAGCUUACUGGUAUUCUCAGUCUUGGUGCUUUGCAGCCUGGUGAAGUUAGAAAAUAUGGCACCACUAUUGCACCCGGUUUAUACGCACCCGUGCAUCAACACUUCUUUGUGGCCCGUAUGGACAUGGCGGUUGAUUGCAAGCCUGGAGAAGCACAUAAUCAGGUGGUGGAGGUAAAUGUUAAAGUUGAAGAGCCGGGAGAGAAUAAUAUUCAUAACAAUGCAUUUUACGCAGAAGAGAGGUUGCUCAAAUCCGAACUGGAAGCCAUGCGUGACUGCAACCCUUUAUCAGCUCGCCAUUGGAUUGUCAGGAACACGAGAACCGUAAACCGCACUGGACAGCUAACAGGGUACAAGCUUGUGCCUGGCUCCAACUGUUCGCCGCUAGCUGGUGCAGAGGCAAAGUUUCUGAGAAGAGCUGCUUUCCUAAAACACAAUUUUUGGGUCACGGCCUAUUCACCCGACGAGAUGUUUCCUGGAGGAGAGUUUCCUAAUCAGAAUCCACGCAUUGGAGAGGGAUUGGCUACUUGGGUCAAACAGGACCGAUCUCUUGAAGAAACUGACCUUGUUCUCUGGUAUGUGUUUGGAAUAACACACGUUCCUCGGCUGGAAGACUGGCCCGUCAUGCCUGUGGAGCACAUAGGUUUCACUCUCAUGCCACAUGGAUUCUUUAACUCCUCUCCAGCAGUUGAUGUUCCGCCGAGCUCCGCCGCCGAACCGGAUCCCAAGGAAAACGGAGGGGUGACAAAGACUUGCCAUACGCCACCAUUGGUUGCAAAGCUUUGAUUGCAAGGGAAGGUUGCUGCUUGUGUUUCCUAUGUUCUCUCAUGCCUUAUAAUAUCUCUACAAUACUGUUGAUGGUUUUCUUUUUUUAGCAAGACUUUGUGGAUCCUUAAGUACUGGGAAUUUCAUUUUAUUUUUUCUUUUAAAUGUAAAAAGAAAAAACAGUAUCUGGUCCUACAUUCUCAUGGUUCAAAAAUCACAACUAUUUUGAUCUAAGUAGGUUGUCGUUGUUGCCCUUAUAACAAAAACAUGAUAUUUGA